AUGCCUUUCGCCUUCUUAGAUUCUCUCUCAAUAACUGUAAAACGUGCUGCCGAUCUUGAAGCUGCAGAUUUCAAUGGUAAAAGUGAUCCCUAUGUAUUGGUUCAAGCCAAAUCUCUUUCAACCGAUGCCAUUCCAUCCUAUCUGAAAGAUAUUGCUAAAGGAUGGAAACAAAAGACGAGCGUCAAGAAAAAGAAUUUGAAUCCGGAGUGGAAUGAAACCAAGACUUUUUAUCAUUUGGAUUAUUUGGAUAAGAAGAAUGAAGGAAUCAAGUUGUUGUUCAAGGUCUAUGAUUGGGAUAUGCUUUCCCGAGAUGAUUUCAUUGGCAAAGCCGAAUUGAUCCUUCACAACGACAAACUCGAACACGAAAAGGUCUAUGAAGAAACUCUAAAAUUACAAGAUGUCAAAAGUGGUACCUUGUACAUUUCGUACAAAUUAUGUCGACACGAACAAUACGUGUUGGAUCAUGAGUACAGUUACAUUCCACUCGGAACCAACCCUAAUUUGGCUGCACAAUUAUGUGUCCCCAAAGAUUUCACCAUGCUCUCCUCAAGUGAAGUUUCCGGAUCUCAUGCAGCAGUGUUGGCCAACAUGAACACUGGACAUGUCAUUGUAGUCACUUAUUGUAAAAUUGGUGAAUUGAAUUGGGAUCAAGUUUCCAAGAAUUUGACAGAAGAACGUUUUCGUGAAAUGAAAAAGGAAUAUUCGAAAGUGGAAAUUGGAGAAAAGAAGGAUCUUGUGCCUGAAGCUCAUGCAAAGAAUAAGGAAAUUACACACAUUUUGGAAAUACCACUUACAGUUGAAAAGAAGGGAUUGGCCAUGUUUGCCACAAUGAGAAUGGUCGGCCAUUCGAAUGGUGUCUUGAUGAUCUAUGUGUAUACUGAACCAAAAACUGGCUUCGGUAGUUAUAGAAAGGGAGAGGAUUAUGUGAAGAAAGUUUCUGAGAAUUCUACUGUGUAUUAA